AUAAAAUAAUUAUUUAUUCAAUAAAUUUACAGAAAUUAGUUUCAAAAUAUUCUCUAGAUUUUCUCAAAAGUAUGUGUUUCACAUUUACGCCUUUCCAUGCAAAAAAGUUUUUCCGUAACAGCGCAAGACAAUCAGAUUGUUUCUCUGUUUAAUGAAAUUUUCAGUCUUGUCGUCGACAAACAAUGAGGAUCAUCAAGUGGUUGGAACAAUGACAGCGACAACUCCAAUUCAGAGCUGCUGUUUCGAAACGUGAAAAACAGAAAAACUCGCUGGAAAUCACAACGGUGCAUAAAUGGCGGAAAAAUUGUACGAAUAUCAAGGAGUUGCCGGAAGGAUUCAUUCGAUUAGGGAUAAUUUAAGAGAGAAAUACGCGUCCUGGAAGGAAAAUAAUCCGAACGGUGUGUCGGGGUGGGUAAAAGAAAAGUGUUUUUCUGUUAAACAAAGUGCUGGAAGUGGGAAUGGGAUUGAUGAUUAUUCGCAUAUUUAUAGAAAGAAAACAAAAAAGGAACUGGUUCGUGUGUCAGCGGCAGUAAUGGGAAUAGAAUUUUCUUAUGCAGCUGAAACCGCUUUUGUUUCGCCAACUUUACUCAAAAUUGGUGUUGAGCACAAACAUAUGACCCUCGUUUGGGCCCUGUCACCUCUGAUUGGUUUCUUCCUCACGCCGAUCCUGGGAUCCCUGAGUGACAGGUGUCAUUUAAGUUUCGGAAGAAGAAGACCGUUUAUUUUUAUUAUGUCUAUAGGAGUUUUUCUAGGUUUAAUUUUAGUUCCAAACGGAGAAUCUUUAGGCUACUCAAUGGGCGAUCCAAGACCACCCAGUCUAUCCUACCAUCGCGUGUCUUCCCAUAGGACUACAGCUCAGCAAAAUCAACUUAGCACUAACGAUGAUAAUAGUACCUUUACUAUAAACGAAACAAUAGUAAAUAAUAGCGAAAAUAUUGAUUCUUUUAUUCCAUACAAUAACUCACAUCCUUGGGGCGUUCUUUUUACAAUUUUGGGAACUGUUUUACUAGAUUUUGACGCAGACGCCUGUCAGAGUCCAGCUAGGGCUUAUUUGCUGGAUGUUACUGUUCCAGAGGAUCACGCUCGUGGUUUAAGCACUUUCACUGUAAUGGCAGGUUUGGGAGGAUUUUUUGGAUACGCUCUUGGUGGAAUCAACUGGGACGUUACUUUUAUAGGUGAAAUGCUGGGUGGUCACGUGAGAGCUGUAUUUACUUUAAUUACCAUCAUAUUUGUGGUGUGUGUUGGAUUUACCAUUACCAGCUUCAAAGAAAUGCCUCUGGCACUGAUAGAAAUCGGUGGAAGUGAAUUUCAAAAUUAUCAGAACUGCGAUGACGAGGAAAACGAAAUCAUGGAAACCAAUGAUCAACAAUCGUAUGGUGCAUUGGAAAAUACCCUCGAUCGGGAUAAUACAAAUCAAGCAGCAUAUUGCCCAAUCGGUGACGAAAACAACAAACUGAAUCAAGAUCAACCAAGGAAAAGCAUAAUCCCAGACCCGAAUGCAUCCUUAUUUUUGUAUUUGAAGAGUAUCAUCUACAUGCCUAGGUCUAUAAGAAUAUUAUGUCUCACCAAUCUGUUUUGUUGGAUGGCGCACGUCUGUUACUCCUUGUAUUUUACUGACUUCGUUGGAGAGGCAGUUUUUAAUGGAAACCCAACGGCAGUUGAAGGAAGUGUUUCUAGAGAAUUAUAUGAAACUGGAGUGAGAUUUGGAUGUUGGGGGAUGUCGAUGUACUCUUUAUCAUGUGCUUGUUACUCCACACAAAUUGAAAAAUUUAUUUCAAUGUUCGGUGCUAAGAAGGUAUAUGUAGGAGGACUCUUGAUUUACUCAACCGGAAUGCUGCUUAUGGCACUUACAAAACACAAAGUUGGAGUAAUUUUGUUUAGUUGGACAGCCGGUGUUAUGUAUUCAACUUUAUUCACAAUGCCGUAUCUUAUCAUAGCUCACUAUCAUGCUAAAGGAACAUUUGAAACAACUCUAGAGGGCGAAGAGAAAAUCUCGACGCAAAUCCGUGGAUUAGGAACAGACGUUGCUAUCGUAUCCAGUAUGGUGUUCUUAGCUCAGUUUAUUCUUAGCAUGUGUAUGGGUACCAUCGUCAACACUACUGGCACCACAACUGCUGUAGUCAGUGUGGCUAGUACGCUUGCCUUCUUUGGUGCAAUUGCUGCAACUCAAGUGAUGUAUUUGGAUCUGUAAAUGGAGCUGGACCUUCAAUGUAGUUAAUUUUUUAGAUGUAAAGAAGAAAACCUUUCAGUGUUGAUUUCUAUGUAUAUAGUAUAGCAGUAAAUAAAUAUACCUACCUAAUAA